AUGGCUGCUCGCACUCUUCGCAUCGGCCUGAUCCCCGGCGACGGUAUCGGCAAGGAGGUCAUCCCCGCCGGCCGCCGGGUCCUCGAGGCCCUGCCCGCCAGCCUGGGCCUCAAGUUCUCCUUUGUCGACCUGCAGGCCGGCUUCGAGACCUUUGAGAAGACGGGCGCCGCCCUGCCCGACAAGACGGUCGAGGUCCUCAAGACCGAGUGCGACGGCGCCCUCUUCGGCGCCGUCUCGUCGCCCUCCAAGGCCGUCAAGGGCUACUCGUCGCCCAUCGUCGCCCUGCGCAAGAAGCUCGACCUCUACGCCAACGUGCGCCCCGUCAAGACCGUCGCCACCGACCCCAAGGCCAUCGACAUGGUCAUCGUGCGCGAGAACACCGAGGACCUCUACGUCAAGGAGGAGCGGACGUUCGACAGCCCCGACGGCAGGGGCAAGGUCGCCGAGGCCGUCAAGCGCAUCUCGGAGCGCGCCUCGCACCGCAUCGCCGCCAUGGCCGGCGAGAUCGCCCAGCGCCGGCAGAACGUGCGCGCCGCCGGCGGCGCCUCGGUCCACGCGGCGCCCAUGGUCACCAUCACGCACAAGUCCAACGUGCUGUCCCAGACCGACGGCCUCUUCCGCGCGACGGCGCGCGCCGCCCUCGAGGACCCGCGCUUCCGCGGCGUCGCCAUCGACGAGCAGAUCGUCGACUCGAUGGUCUACAAGCUCUUCCGCCAGCCCGAGUUCUACGACGUCAUCGUCGCGCCCAACCUGUACGGCGACAUCCUGUCCGACGGCGCCGCCGCCCUCGUCGGCUCCCUCGGCCUCGUGCCCAGCGCCAACGUCGGCGAGGGCUUCGCCAUCGGCGAGCCCUGCCACGGCAGCGCCCCGGACAUCAUGGGCCAGAACAUCGCCAACCCCAUCGCCACCAUCCGCAGCACCGCCCUCAUGCUCGAGUUCCUCAACGAGGAGCAGGCCGCCGCCAAGAUCUACGCCGCCGUCGACGCCAACCUCGAGGAGGGCAAGUACCUGAGCCCCGACCUGGGCGGCAAGGCCAAGACGGAGGAGGUCAUCGAGGACAUCCUCAGGAGGCUGUAA